AUGAGGCGCCAGCGCAAAUAUUUCAAUGAGCUGGAAGAUCGUGACAGACUUAACUCACUCGACCGUUUGUUCCCAGACUCAGCUCACUUUGCACAUUCAUAUGCAGGACAAACGAGCCCAAUAAUCACCGGUUUCUUCUCUCUGCUUCUUCUAACAUGGGCGCAUUUUUUGUUCAUUUCUUCUAGCCCUCGGUGUCCUCUGAUCUUUGUACUGGCCACUACGGCCUGGCUAUUGGGCAGCGCAUCAUUUGCCCAGUGCUUGGUCGAGCUGGAUUCGAGUGAGCCGUCUGCGAAUGGAGUCGCGAGUGCUGGGGAGGCUGAGCUUUCGGAGAGGGACCUAAUGGAGCAGUGCGAUCCUUGCGGUCUGGCCGAGUUGUCCACAAAGCGAAGCCAGUUUCUGCGACUGGGAAAGUGGGGCACCUUCGUCAGGCUUGGAAAGAGGUCACAAUUCCUGCGCAUCGGACGUUGA